CAGUGUGGUUAGGUUAGCUCAACGAACAGUUGGGAGAAUGCAGGUACAAGUUUUUAUCUUUCACACACUUGCAUAUGAUACCAUUACACACUUGUUAAAUUAGCUAGGGACCACCACAUUCAUGCAUCAUACACACUAUGUAAAAUAUUAAUGCCUUUGUCAUUUCUCUCUAUAUAUAUAUUUGGUCAUUUGUCAUAUUUUACAAUCAAACCAAAGUUUCUUGAAAAUUGAAAAUAUUAGUCUUCUUGUUUAAUAUAUAUAUUUGUCAUCUUUUAUACUUUAACUUUUCCACCAAUGGAUCAAUUUGGAAGUAUUGCUCACUUUCUUGAGGAUAAGAAUGUUUUGGUACUUGGUGCUGCUGGUUUCCUUGCAAAGAUUUUUGUGGAGAAGAUAUUAAGAGUUCAACCUAAUGUGAAGAAACUUUAUCUUCUUUUGAGAGCUACGGAUGCUGAAUCUGCCACUAGAAGAAUGCACAAUGAGAUUUUGCGAAAAGAUUUGUUCAAAUUGCUGAAGGAAAAUCAUGGAGCAAAGUUCAAUAGCUUUAUCUCAGAAAAAGUGACUAUGGUGCCUGGAGACAUUUCCCAAGAAAAUUUCAAUUUAAAGGACUCCAAUCUACUUCAAGAGUUAUACAAUAAAACUGAUGUCAUUGUGAAUUUAGCUGCAACAACUAACUUUGAUGAAAGAUAUGAUGUUGCAUUGGGUUUAAAUACAUUUGGAGCCAAGCAUGUCUUAAACUUUGCCAAAAAUUGUAUUAACCUCAGGGUGCUUGUCCACGUAUCAACAGCAUACGUUUGUGGAGAGAGAGGAGGACUUAUAGUAGAGGAUCCAUACCAACUUGGUGUUUCACUAAAUGGAGUGCAAGGACUAGACAUUGAUGAGGAAAAGAGAGUAGUUGAGGAGAAAUUGAACAUGCUUCAACAAGAGGGAGCUACUGAAAAAGAUACUAGAAUUGCCAUGAAGGACUUAGGGAUGGAAAGAGCAAAGUUAUAUGGAUGGCCAAACACAUAUGUUUUUACAAAGGCAAUGGGAGAAAUGCUAGUGGGAACUAUGAAGGAAAAAUUGUCCAUUGUUAUUGUGAGACCUACAAUCAUUACCAGCACUUACAAAGAACCUUUCCCUGGUUGGGUUGAAGGAGUAAGAACCAUAGACAGUUUAAUUGUUGCUUAUGGUAAAGGAAAAUUAACAUGCUUCCUUGCAGACUUAGAGGCAGUUUUUGAUGUGAUCCCUGCUGAUAUGGUGGUGAAUGCAAUGCUAGUGGCCAUGGUAAGUCAUGCAAAUCAACCUUGUGAUGAUAGCAUAUAUCACGUAGGUUCAUCUGUUGGGAAUCCAGUGAGAUAUGAGAGUCUCAGAGACUACUGCUUCAGAUAUUUUACGGCAAAACCAUGUUUUGACAAGGAAGGAAAAGCCAUCAAAGUUGGUAAAGUUACGGUAUUGGAAAAUAUGAAUAGCUUCCAAAGAUACAUGUACAUUCGUUACUUGCUUCCAUUAAAGGGAUUAGAGCUAGUGAAUGCAGCAUUUUGUCGCUAUUUUCAAAGUACAUGUUUUGAUAUCAGCAGGAAGGUCCAUACUGUGAUGCGUUUGGUUGAACUUUACAGGCCCUAUGUUUUCUUCAAUGGCGUAUUUGAUAAUAUGAAUGCAGAGAAGUUGCAAAUAGCAGCAAGACAAAGUGGAGUAGAGAUGGAUUUAUUUUACUUUGACCCAAAAAUGAUUAACUGGGAGGACUAUUUCAUGAACAUUCAUAUUCCUGGCAUUGUCAAAUAUUCCUUCAAGUGAAACUAAAUUCUGAAAGUUCAACUUGUUUGUUGAAUUUGUCUUUCCAAAUAUUGAAACUCAAAUGAGUUCAAAGUUAUGCUAGAGAGAUUAAUAAUAUUGGUGGUGUAUUAUUAAGUUUCUAAUUUAAACUUCUUAUUAUUACGUGUGGCGAAUAAUCAAAUUUUUUUGUCAAAUUAA